AUGUCUGCCAAGAGAGUUAUUGCAGUGCUCGGUUCUACUGGCAACCAGGGUGGCUCCGUUGCCAAAAUCUUCUUGAAUGACCCUAAACUCAAGAAAGACUGGACUGUCCGCGCUAUAACCCGAGAUAUCACCAAAGACUCUGCGAAGAAACUUGAAAGCCAAGGUGCUGAGCUUGUUGCUGCGAAUAUUAAUGAUGGCAGUUCAUUAGCCAAAGCCUUUUCUGGGGCUGCAGCGGUUUUUGGUGUCACAAACUACUGGGAAACGAUGAGCAAGGAAGGUGAAGAGCAACAAGGCCGGACAAUUGUGGAUGCUGCAAAGGGUGCUCAAGUACAGCACUUCAUUUACAGUUCGCUUAUCGAUGUGGCCAAGGCUACGAAUGGUAAACUGGCCAAAGUCUACCAUUUCGAUAGCAAGGCCGCGGUUGAGCAAUAUGCUCGUGACUCCGGAAUUCCAGCGACCUUUUUCCAGCCUGGUUUCUUCAUGUCAAAUCUCCCUGGACAGAUGCUCUCUCAAGAGUCGCCGGAUAAGCCGUGGACACUCGCACUUCCUACUCCAGAAACAGCGCCAUUCCCAAUGUUUGACGCUGAGGCUGAUACGGGAAAGUUUGUCAAGGCCAUCGUGCUGAAGCGGGACGAGGUUCUUGGCAAGCGAGUGCUUGGUGCCACAGUAUACCAGACUCCUGCAGAAAUUCUCGCUGACUUCAAGACUGCCUUUCCCAACGCUGGCAAAGAUGCUAAGUUCUUUUCUCUCCCCCAUGAGAUGUUCACAGCUGCAUUGAAGGGAAAGGGCAUGCCGGACUUUGCAGCCGAGGAACUUUUGCAAAACUUCCGUUUAAUGGAUGAGGGUGGCUACUUUGCGGGGGAGAAGUUAGAUUGGAGCUUGUCUCUUCUCGAAGACAAGCCAACAACUUGGCUGGAGCAUCUGAAGGCAGCAAAGGCAUUUCAGGGCCUCAAUUAG